AUACGUUGAACGGAUGAUCAAAGCAAGGCCAGACGACGACCUGACCACACACGCAAAUGUGUUUCGUCAGGAGAGUCUUCAGGGAGAUGGACUCCUGUACAAGCUCCCCGGCGAGUCGUCCAUCAAGCGCCCGAAGCCGGCGCCCAUCGUCAACAUCCACAAGGAGUACGACGCGAAUCAAAGCUACCUCAAGACUCGGCAAACCAUCAAGGAAAUCAUCACCCAGCACAAAUCCAAAGCUCUGUCCAACCAAGAGCGUUACGUACGGGACCAGCAAGCGGAUAAGUUCAAAACCACCUUCCUCGAGACCCGAAUGGCCACCACUGGAGCCCCAACCCUCAAUGACGUCUCCGUCAUCAUGGAGCGACGGCGGACGCAGGGCGAAGCGCGCAUGAAAGGACUGGCCAACGACAUCCUGACCCCAGCAGAGACCAUUCAACGCGCCAUCCACCACAGCUACGGCAGCGGCAAACUCGACAUCAAAGCUUUGGGGAUCGACAUGCUUCCCGAGUCGCUGUCGUCGACGUUCAUGCUCCAGAUGGCUCGGUUCAUCACUGAAGUCAACAUCAGUCGGAACGAAUUCCGCGCCUUGUCGCGGCAAUUUUGCGAUGGGUUUCCAGGCUGCCACGUGUUGAACGCGAGUGAAAAUAGCAUCAUGGCCUUGGCGCCCGAGAUCUCGCGGUGGUCCCAACUGACGUCGCUCGUCCUGGACUGCAAUCAACUGGAUGCGCUUCCGGACAUCCUGCCCACCACCCUCACUAACCUCUCCGUGGCGCGCAACCGCCUGACCGUCGUCUCGUACAUGCAUCGCUUGACUCGCCUGACUUCGGUCGACCUGUCUCACAACCAGCUCGUGAUAUUGCCCAAUGCCCUGUACGAACUCAAGUACCUACGCACCUUCACGUGCGCGAGGAAUUCGCUGAUUUCCGCGGCCCUCUUGCCGCUUCCGUCGUUCAAAUCGCGGCAUAGCCACGCCACAGCCAACAACCUAAACGACGACGAUGACGACGACCUGGGAAAGCCAGGGCGUCGAGCGCAAGAUUGGAUCCAAAACCUUGACCCCGCUACUAACCAGCCCAUAUACUUCAACAACGUGACCCAGGCCAUCACGCGGGUCCGCCCUGUGGUGUUGGGACCGAUUCCGUCCGCUACCCCAACCAUCCCCAAGCUGCGAAUGCCCAACGCCAUCACCCCUGCCCCCCCUCAAUCUAGUGUCAAGGACUUUCCGGGUGGGUGGGAAGUCAAGAAAGGCCUGCCCACCCAGUACCUCAACCACGCGAAUGGCGAAAUCUUUGACUGGAUACCAAAGGAACUGGAUCGAUACGAAUGUUUUGUACACUUGGAACGACUCAACCUGUCGAGCAACAACAUUCAAGAGCUGCCAUCGUCCAUGGGGCAAAUGUUUCAACUGCAAGUGCUCGAAAUGGAGCACAACCAACUGACGACUUUGCCAGACACGAUCUGCACCUUGAAAAACUUGACCGUGUUGCGCGUGGGAUCCAACUUCCUUACGAGUUUGCCGCCUCAUUUUUGUCGCAUCCCAAAGCUCAAAGAACUGGACAUGAAACUGAAUCGCCUGGCGACCCUACCCCCGGACAUUGGACAGCUUACAACGCUCACACAUUUGGACGUGAGCGGCAACUCGCUCGUGUCCGUGCCGCCGUCGAUGCUCCAAUUGACACACUUGACGUCGUUGAACUUGGUCGGCAACGUCAAGUUGAAAGUGCCGUCGGCGUCGAGUCAAAAGAACGGCCUCCCCGCCAUCCUUUGGGACAUCAAAAACCAAAUCCACAUAGACGCCAAGGGUCUGCCUCCGCUGCCCCUCCAAGUCACGUCAGGCAUUGCCCAAGAGUGUGUGUCGACCGACAUCCACGUCCACAAGGAGUUUCUGCAGCUCGUUCACGACGCCACGACCACCCAUGUGUUGGAUUUUCACUGGCGAAACCUGACAGAGCUGCCCUUUCAACUGUUUGACUUGAUCAACUUGACGGAGUUGCGACUCACGGGGCACGCGCUGGGUCGAGUGCCACCUGAGAUUGCUCGCUUGACGUCGCUGCGGUUGCUCACGUUGCGCAAGAACUUGCUCAUCGAGUUUCCCGCAGACUGCAUCGCGCCGUCAUGUUCAUGGGAAGAAUUGGACUGCGAAAACAACCAGCUCACGACAUUGCCGUCCACGUUGGUGCUCUGCACCAAACUGCGCGUGCUGCGGAUGGGGUGCAACUCUCUUGACAGCCUGCCACGUCAUAUGGAGGCCCUAACGCACCUCGAGCAGUGCCUCGUGCCACACAACCACCUCACAGCCCUACCUGACUCCCUCGCUUUAGUGACCUCCCUCCAAGUGCUAGACGUGUCCAACAACAGCAUCGACUCCUUGACCUCGUUCGACUUUACGACCUUGACCAGUCUUGUGGACUUUCGCGCGAAUUUGAACUUGCUGUCGGACUUGCCCGCGUCGAUUGGUCGUUCGAAUCUCCUCGACUUGGCCUUGUCUGGCAAUCGAUUUACAGUUUACCCGGUCGCUGCGACGCAGUUUCAGAGCAUUCAGCGCAUCUGGAUGCAAGCAAAUAAACUUGCGGAAUUGCCCGUCGAGUUUGGCAACCUGCGCACACUUCAGGUGGCGGAAUUCGAAGGCAACCCGCUGCGGUCGCCGCCGCCAGCCAUUUUAGCCCAGGGCGUGGGGGCCAUCCACGAGUACCUCCAGAAACGAACCGCACGCGUGGUCGAGUUCAAGCGGUUGCUGUCGGCUGCCCAGUACGGAUUCCACGACGACCACUUCACGCCCCACGCCCGGGACUUGCUCGUCUCGGGUAUCUUGUUUCUGCUUCCGUCGGACUUGGUGGAAUUCGACAAGACCGUCGAUCGGUACAUCAACGGCCCGUUCUACGAACAUCCGGACGUGCGAGGGGUGGACCUUGUGCAAGCCCUCGUGGACUUGCAAUUCAAGCGCGCCCAAGCUGCCCGACAUGCCGUGCUGGACGACGUGCUCAAGCUGUGCCAGCUCAUUCAACGGAAAAGAUGGCUGGACAAGGUCGAGUUCCGCUACGAUUUGACGCGGCCGUGGGGGUAUCAAGCAGAGGAGGAGUUAGUGUACAUGCUCGACCCGAACGCGGUGUACCUCGACUGGGAGGACGUCCCGGGCAUUCUGAGCGUCAUCAAGAAGCGUGUGGAGCGGGGCUUCAAAGAGGAGGCCUUCCCCCACAGUCGGGAGGCGGUGGAGGACGCGCUCAACAACUACAAGGGCAUGUACGGCCCCGUGGGACUCGCCACGGACAAGGUGCCGUUCCGAUGCGGAUGCGAACAGCUUCUGCGAGAGAACAAGCGCCACGAGCCGUGCUACCGCUCGGGGUGGGUGAUCCUCCAGACCAUGAUUACGCCGGACGAAGCGCUGCGCCGACAAAAGGAGCUCGAGCAUUUGGCCCAAGCGCUAGGCCAAGUGCGCAACGAGAUCGAAGCAUUUUGCUUGAGGUCUCGGGAUGGCAAGGCGCGCCUCUUGAAGGAAGCAAAAGCAAUGAAACGGCAGCGUCGGCAACGUGUGAAACUCAUCAAGAAGCAAGUGCCACAGCUCAAACGAAAGAUCGCGCUGAGGAAAGCGGAUCUGCAAGUGGCCCUACAAAAGCAUGCGCUAGACAAGACCGUGGCCGGCGACGGAUGGGUUGACCAGGAUGAAAAGCAAGCGUUGUUUGCGCAAGAAGACAUUCAAGACGACAUUCGUCGCAUGACGAGUCAGGUUGACGACAUGCUCGUGCUGCAGAUCAAACUCAAGCACGAGAUACGCCAAGACUACCGCCAUUAUGCCAAGGACGUGGUCGACAAGCUGCUCGCGGAAGCCGGGGCCCAAGUCCGGCAAAAGAUCAUUGACAACCACCGCAUCAAAGCCAUCCGAAAGCAAACGCGGCGGCCAUGGGACGGUCCUAACGGCCUCGAUUUUGUCAAGUUCAAACAACAGUAUUUGGGGCUGCCACUCGACGAAGUGCAUAGCCCGAGGGACAAUAGCAGCGUCAGCGACGUGAGCGGCGACUUGGACGAGUUUGCAAACGAAUUGGACGACUCAGACGGUCCGCUGCCGUCGAUCCAGUCGUCGUCCGCCUCGGAAGACGACGAGCCACCUCUUGCAGAGGUAGAUGCAGGGGAAACCAAACUACCAGAAGAGAGCAAAGGCGUGGGCGACCCAGAUGACUCGGACGACAGCGAUAUUUAA